AUGCGCGAAGCCCAACGUGCGUAUAAUUAUAACUCAGACCAACAGCGUUUUGAGAACUGGGCUUUUGAGCCCGAACCGUUCGAUAAUGAAAGGGUUAGAAACAAAGCACCUACAAAAAGGUCGCAAAAUUUUAGGAUGAACGCAAAACCGCAAAGAGCUCCAGCUGAAGAACAAACAGUAGUUCCUAGUACUACGUCUACCCCAAUGCGAGAUGAACCCCUCUAUGAUAUGGGUCCGCAUUCCUCACUUUUGGCUACACAAGACGUUUAUUGCCAAAACUUUGAAUAUUCGGGGUUUAUUCCAAUAGUUAAUCAGACUUAUGAGAAGCUCCGGGGAGUAGAUCCCCGUCUGCACGAACGGUUACCUUUGAGCAUGUUCACUCAUGCCAUGGCGUCUCAUCUUAAUCUAGAAAUUCUAGAAUCGGCACGGCAAUCCGGCCAGAAUGUCCUUAAUCGAAGGUCAGAUGCCCGCGAAGUACUACCUGAUUACCAGAUGAGCGAUGAUGAAACUGAAACCAAUGUAUCAAUGAAUGUGCCAUCUCCACUUUCACAAAGUAGUGUGGUUUCAUCGUCACGGACUCAAACAAGAAAAACCAAAGCCCAAGUUGACAAUGUUCUAACAAAGAUAGCAAAGAAAUUGGAAGAACCUCCACAAGUGAAACAGCAAUAUGACUCAUUUGGUGAACAUAUUGCAGAAAAAUUAAGAAAUUUGCCGGCAAUGAUGGCUACAAGUCUACUAAAUGGACGUAUAGUCAGUGGUAGCCUUAACGCUCUUGACAACUUUAUCGAGCGUAACUAUGUCAAUAAGAAGUAG